UUUCGUUUCAGCCCUCCGAGCAAAUACAAGUUGGAUCGCUUGUUUUUGAAAAGAUUUUGGCGAUGUUGCAAGGUCAUGUUCCCGAGCUGUUUGUCCACAAGCUCUCUGCUCCUUGUUCUGUUAAUGGGGCUUUCUUUGGCAGAGCAAAUGCUGGUGUACAACACUGGAUUGAUUCCAAGUAGAUUUUAUGAAAUACUUCUCGACAGUGACAAAGCAAGCUUUAAGAGUAUUGUAAUAGCUUCCUCUCUUCUAAUUCUGGGCACUGCCCUGGCAGACAGCGCAGUGAAGUAUGAUUCUAGAAUCCUUUAUGUCAAAUGGCGUGGUUUGCUGGACCGGCGGCUACACUCUGGUUAUUUUAAGCAUAAAGCUUACUACAAGUUGAAUGUACUGGAGGACAAACUUGAUAACAUGUGAGUUAACAGCCGGCAAGACAUACAUGUAUAUUAACAGGCAGCGUAGUGGCUUAUUGAUUGCUUAGACUGAUCAUAGUUAGGUUCAAACCCUGGGUUAGUUUGUUCUCAGGUAAUGAAUUUAACAGUCCUGAGCACAUCCCUGGGCUAAUUGCCACCACUUCUACUUUGCUUGGCAGGGUUUAAAAAGAAUUAACUCCAGUACUUGGUAGAAAGCUCUGCCAGUUUCCUUGAGUUCUUAUAAUUUAAUAAUUGUUUAUGAAUUUAGUUACAUGUAAGGUCAAAGGCAAAGUCUGCAUACAAGCUAAGUGGUCGAAUUCAGGCUGGAGCUUAUCCCAGUUUCUGGGCUAGGAGUACUUCUACUCCCCCUGGAUGGUAUGCUAGUUACUGGGCACUGUGAGUCAGAGUAAAAUGUUUUACCGAAGAACAGUCAGCACAGUGUUCUCUGGCCAUUACAUGUAGACCAUAUCAAUCUUUAUCUGGGACAGGUUGGGAAGUUUUAAACUG